GUUGCCGCGUCCUGUGGGCAGAAGCCAUAACACGUGGCUUUUGUUGCGGAGCAAUAAUGAGGAGCAAAAUAAUUCAGCAUAUGUGAGCAUAUUCGCUGAAUUACUGACAGUCACCGGAUUACAAAACACACGUCAUGUUUCACGUUGGAAAAUUGAAGUCACUACUUUAUACUCAGCUAACCUUGUAUGCUCGGAAUUCAUAUCAGUCGACAUCGCCAGUCAACAGGAUCAGCAAAAUUCUGAUAGCGAAUAGAGGAGAGAUAGCAUGUCGUAUAAUGAAAACAGCAAAGAAGCUUGGUGUAAGAACAGUAGCUGUCUACAGUGAAGCGGACAGGAAUUCUAUGCAUGUAGAGGAAGCUGACGAGGCUUACUACAUCGGCCCUGCAUUGUCCAGUGAAAGUUACUUGAGACAAGACAAGAUUAUAUUAGUUGCUAAACAGGCAAAGUGCCAGGCGAUACAUCCAGGAUAUGGGUUUCUCUCAGAAAAUACAGAGUUUGCGAAAUUAUGCGAGAAAGAGGACAUGAUAUUCAUCGGUCCGCCAGCUAGUGCUAUCAGGGAUAUGGGUAUCAAAAAUACAUCGAAAGCUAUUAUGACAAAGGCUGGAGUUCCUAUCAUAGAAGGAUAUCAUGGAAAUGAUCAGAGUAACGCAAUGUUAUUGGCGGAGGCCAAAAAAAUUGGCUUUCCGUUGAUGAUCAAAGCCGUGCGCGGUGGUGGUGGCAAAGGUAUGAGAAUCGCCCCGAAGGAGUCUGAUUUCAUUGAGGCGUUGGAGUCUGCGAGAACAGAAUCGCAAAAAGCAUUCGGGGAUUCGGCGGUGCUUCUUGAAAAAUACGUUGCCGAACCUAGACACGUCGAAGUACAGAUCUUUGCUGACAAGCAUGGAAAUGCGGUUUAUUUGUUUGAAAGGGAUUGCUCCGUUCAGAGACGACAUCAGAAAGUGAUCGAGGAAGCACCGGCUCCUGGAAUCUCCUGGAAGGUCAGACAAGAGAUAGGCGAAGCAGCUGUGCGUGCGGCUAAAGCCGUAGGAUAUGUGGGCGCCGGGACAGUGGAGUUUAUAAUGGAUCGGAACGAUCACAGUUUUUACUUCAUGGAGAUGAACACGCGUCUGCAGGUGGAACAUCCAGUUACCGAAGCGAUCACCGGCUUGGAUCUGGUUGAGUGGCAGUUGAGAGUAGCAAGUGGCGAGGAACUACCAUUGAAACAAGAGGAGAUACAUCUCAAUGGUCAUGCAUUUGAGGCGAGAAUUUAUGCAGAGAAUCCAAGGAAUGGUUUCUUACCAGGAGCCGGUCAACUUGUCUACUUGAGACCUCCUCAAGCUAUGAACAGCCGAAUCAGAAUCGAAACUGGUGUACGACAAAACGACGAAGUGUCUGUGCAUUACGAUCCGAUGAUAGCAAAACUAGUGGUUUCAGGAAAAGACAGGAGCGAAGCUCUUAGUAUACUUAGAUCGCAGCUCAGCAAGUACAAUAUAGCCGGCCUAGAUACGAAUAUUGAGUUCAUCAAGGACCUUUGCGUUCAUCCGAAAUUUCGAAGCGGCGAAGUACACACGGGUUUCAUUGAGGAACAUUUCGAGCAACUGUUCCCCGAGUUACAUGUAUCCAACGAAAUCUUGAUUCAAGGUGCCCUCGCCUCGAUACUGUACGAAGACAUGGACUCUCUAAAUGUAUCUGUAGAAACAAAGGAUCCCUUCAGCCCUUUCUCCGUAGAAACCGGGCUUAGAUUGAAUCACUCACUUAAGCAUACGUUUCAUUUCGACAUCGGGAAGGAGAAUAAUACAAUAGAGGUAAAAUACGUUGAACCAGACGUAUACAUGAUGCGAGUCAAUAAAUUAGGACCUUGGAGAAAAGUGAGCGGAACUAUGAAGAAGAGGGAAGAUGACGCUUUAGAAUUGUCUGCGGAAAUCGACGGGGUUAUCGGUAAAGCACGGAUGGUCAAGCUUAACAAUAAGCUGCACAUAUUUACCGAAGAUCGCGAAUGGCAGCUAAUUAUUCCGACCCCGAAAUUCGUGACUGCAUUUGCUAGUCAAACGGAACAAAAUCCGCACACAGCGUUAAGCCCAAUGCCGGGUUUAGUUGACAAAAUCUUUGUCAGCAAGGGAGAUGCGGUGAAGAAAGGUGAUUCGUUGCUGGUUAUCGUCGCUAUGAAAAUGGAGCAUAUUAUAAAAGCGUCUGCAGAUGGAAUUGUCGAGGAAAUGUUGUGCUCGAUAGGCGAUAACGUUGCAAAAAAUAAGCUUCUUGUGAAACUAGCAGAAAAUAAAACGUGAUACAUGCAGCGUA